GAGCCGAGAUCAUGCGUUGCGAGUACUCGCGACUCUUUCCUUUCCCUUACUGCCGUCUCCGUCUGGAGAAUUCUGUAUUUCAAAUGCUUGACAAUUGACUUACCCGAUCCGCCAGCGAAAAGCAUGGCGUUUUGGGAUAAGGACAAACUUCUCGAGGCCGGCCUGAUCUGUAUGGGGAAAUGUCUCCUAAUGAUGUGUACCCUUGGAAUCGCGCCUUUCUACCCGACCGAGGCCGCUUCGCGCGGUUGCAGCCCCGUACAGAUUGGCCUCGUCUUCGCAAGUCUCCCCUUCAUCGGCUUCUUCUUCAGCCCCUACAUCGGUAAAAAGAUCAGCGAUGGUAUCUCUCCCAGAAGCGUUCUCGCGGGCGGAUUGAUAAUCGAAGCUUUUUUCAUGACAGCCUUCAGCUUUGUGAACAUUUUGAAAAACGCGAACGAGUUCUUCGGAGCGAGUCUCGCCUUUCGCACAUUGCAAGCCUUCGGAGUCACCUCAUCGAGCGUGGCCUACAAUGCUGUCGCAUCUGAGAUAUUCAAGACGAGAAUGGAGUUUUUCCUGCCUUUCCUCGAAAUGUUCGCGGGCAUUGGAACCAUGGUUGGUCCGACAGUCGGGGGAGCUCUCUAUCAGGUUUGGGGGUUCAGCGCGCCGUACACGGCGUUCUGUAUCAUGAUCAUCGUUCUGACUUUGUGCUUAUUCGGAGUGUUGCCACAACGCGCAGGUCCCACGCAAGCAGGAGAAGACAGCUCUGGCAAUCCCUCGAGGAGCACGAAAGGCUUCUACCAGAUGAUUUGUAUCGAAAUCGCAUUCGAUCUCUUAGUGCUCUUCUUCACGUUUGUGUCGAUAGCCUUCAACGACUCAACUCUCGCGGUGAAGCUCUCCGACUACGAUCUCGACUCUUUCCAAAAAGGACUCAUCUUCCUCGUGUCAGCCUCCAUGUAUUCGUUGUCAUCUCUGCUAGCGACGAGGAUAUCGCAUAUGUUCUGCGACCCGCGAUUAUGGUCUGUCUGUGGGCAUGUGUUCAUCGGAUGUGGGUGGCUGAUGAUGUCCCCAAACCGUUUCAUCCCAAAUCCGGCUCUGUCGCAUGUUAUCGCCGCACAAGCUAUGAUUGGCUUCGGUGCUGGAGUUUUCUACGUGGUCAGCUGCAACGAUGCAUACAAAUGGAUGACGCAGAAGUUGGGUUUCCCCGAUGAUUUCACCAGCUACUCGCUGCUGGGUGGAUGUUUGCAGGGCUCAUACUUUCUUGGGUGCCUCGUCGGCUCCGCCGGAGGCGGUCUUGUAAUCCACUACUUCGACUACAACUUUUGCACGACGUGCUUAGCGGAAAUUACUUUCGUGGCGAUGAUCUCCCUCUCAUGCGUCAUACUUAAGAACGCCGCGGUCAAAAGAUCAGAGAACUCCUGUAAAACAGAGGUCACACUAGCUGCCGGUGAAUGAGUUUUUCGCUCAGAACUAAUCAAUAAGAGAACGAUACGACAUGAGUCCCCUUGGAGCGACGCGAUUCAAUUAGGGGACUUUCUUGCUCAAUUCAUUCAUCCCGAAGGAGAGGAACUGGGAGAAUCUCGACCAUCUGAGCGAAUCCGUAGGAUCCGUAACUGUGACAAGGCUGAGGU